AUGGAAUACGUCAACGCGAUUGGUCUGUGCAACUUGGAACAGUCGUCCCCUGUCAUCAAGGACUGUUCUCGCGUAGAAGGAGCAUUCGUUGCAUUGAUCCAGAAGCAGUACCCGAACCUUCCAUGGUUUGCUGAGAUUGCCAACUUCCUGGCAGUUGAGAAAGAGCCUUUGAGGUCUCAAGAGAAACAGAUCCGCUCUCGACAGCGUCGUGGUCAUGGUGGUACAGGGAGCGGCUCCAUUUCGGGUUCCGCAUCACCCCACAGCUUCUACCAUACAUCUCCCUCUCCAUUUCCCUCUCAUUCUCUUCCCGCUCCCGGUGUGGCACCGACUCCUGCUCCUACUCCUGCUCCUGCUCAUCCGGCACUUCUGAGAGUUGCGGAGUUUGUUCGACAGCCGGGUCGUGACCAUCUUCCAUAUCUCACUCAGUAUCCAUGUGGACGGGGUCAGACAUGGUUCGACCGAUCCGGGAACGGGAUCAGCGGAUGGAUCAACCGUAUGAUGUACUCGGCCCUCGACAAUGGACAUCCGACUUUCACCGACUUCCCUCUCGAGAAGCAGCAUAUGUGGUUUCAACAGUUUGCGCAAGAAUUCAACUGGAAUACCGAUGAUACGUUGUUUAUCUAUUACCACUUCGUCCAUAAAGUUAUGGACAACUAUGGGAAGCAGAUCCACUCGUGGAAGAAGAAGUGGGAAAUAAACAAGGUUGGUUUUUAUUUAUGAAACAAUUUUUUUAUUUAUUAAAAUAUUUUUUAUUUAUUUAACAAUUUUUUUUUAAAGAUUCCAAAGGGGAUGGACCCCGACGUCUGGCGGGAGUUGGGUGUGCAUUGGAGUAAGAACGAAGUGAGAGCAACUUCUUCCACCAACUCCACCAACCGCAAGAGCGACCGUAA